AUGCCCAGUCCGACCGACACCAUGGAUGGAGAGGACGAGAUCGACGACGAAGAGGACCGCCCACGUUUCUGCUCUUUGGACCCACCACACGAGGUUACUUGCAAAGCUCGAGGGAUCAACACAUUUGUGGAGUUUUCCGAGGCGUGCCGUCGCGGGCAGCUCAAGGAGAUCAAGGCCAUGGUCGAAAGCGGAGAAAUGGAUCUAACGGGUGUCGACGGGCAAGGGAAAACGCCAGUUCAUGUUGCCGCUGGCCAUCGACACUGUCACGAGGUUCUUGUCUACCUUCUCGGCAAGGGAGCAAGCUUCAACCGACGAGACGAUCUUGGAGCUGUGCCUCUGCAUGACGCGGCAUCGCACCGGAAUAUAGUCGGUAUCCGGCAGCUCCUGCAAUGCGGCGCCGAAGUAGACGUAAGAGAUAGGAGAGGCUACACCCCGCUCUUCGCUGCUUGCAAGGCCACAGCAUUCAGGUAA